UCACAUGUUCUCUCAGCUCCAAAAGGACACUACGUGGAACUGAACUUUACCAUGCGCAGCUCCUCGUGGGCUCCACGACCGUGUCUGCAGGACUACUAUCUUGAGAUCCGUGACGGCAAUAAUCAGUUAGCCAACGUUCUUGGUGUAUUCUGUGGAGAUCACAAGGCUGCUGUAGUGCGAUCCAGUGGACGAUACUUGCGGUUAAGAUUUUUCCCUUAUCGCAGAUAUAAUCUUAAUGCAUACUACAAGGGAAGAUCCUCCAAUCAAACAGGCACGAUCUUUCUUGUUAACUUUCUAUUAAAGCAUGUAGUUAAAAUAAUUAAAUUCAAUUGGAACUUCAUGAUAUAACAAUUUAUAUUCAGGAAAUAUAUCGUUGGCCUACCUUACUAUUUAACAGUAUUUAACAGUAUUUAACAGUAUUUAUUCCCUUAUUAAGUAGCUUUUUAUCUGAUAUACAAAGAGACAGACGAACAGCCACAUAUAGAGAAAGAGAGAGACAGACAAAGAGAGACACCGAAAGAAGUUCUCCGUGACUUUGGAGUAAAAUAUGAUUGUCCAUACACAAUGUAUUUGCUUUAUAUAUUAUGCCUGUGGUUUGCUUGUCCUGUAUGAUACAGACUAUUCAUCUAGCAUUUGCUUGCCUUAAUACAUUUUUUAUUAUCAUUAUCAUUAUUUUUUGUUUUAUGUAGUGACACCUACCAUGACCCAAGUACCCAAGACACAGACUGUAAUUUUGAACAGAACCUCCAACCUGUGGUGCCCGGUGGAAGGUGCGCCAGCUCCAUACAUUGUAUGGAGAAAAAAUGGUGUUGUUGUUCAAAAUAGUACCAGCGUAAGAUAUCAGCUUGUAGCUGCAGAGGAGAAUGUGAAUUACAGCUGUGAGGUACGAAGAGAUAAUAACGUAUCAAGGAGCGAAAUUAGCCUCAACAUUGAC